AUGGCACGUUGGCUUCUAAUUUUAUUUAUCGUAUUUGUGGCUGUAGUCAGUCCAGCUUUUGGGUUUUUCCCUGGGUUUGAAAAUAUACUCAAUAGUUUAAAAAAUAUUUUUGGAUCUACGGUCGGCAUUGGUAAAUUUUUGAAGCAAUCGGUUCAAUUUUCAUUUCACGAAGUACGAGAUAACACACCAAAAAAUGGAGGAGAGUACGAUUUCAUCAUUGUUGGGGCUGGCAGUGCUGGUGCCACCAUAGCUUCGAGACUAAGUGAAAUUCCAGAUUUAAAAGUUCUACUAAUAGAAGCGGGUGGCCAUGAAAAAUUAUUCAUGGACGUGCCGCUAUCGGCUUUGUACUUACAGCUCGACAAAAAUGUCAAUUGGGAUUACAAAACUGAGCCUUCAAAUGAUUACUGCCUCGGAAUAAAAAAUCGACAAUGUAAGGUAGCAAUGGGAAGAGUACUGGGAGGAACGAGUACAAUAAAUGUCAUGAUAGCUGUCCGAGGUAACAAACACGAUUACAACGAAUGGGCUGAAUUGACGGGUGACAAUAGCUGGUCUUACGAAGGAAUGCUGCCAUAUUUUAAAAAAAUGGAGAAUUUUAACAACGACUGGAUCGAAUACAAUCGCUCCUAUCAUGGUUCGGGUGGUCCAGUUCAUAUAACGCAUCCAAACUACCGUAGCGUAUUAGCUGAAGCUUUUAUUGAGGCUGGCAAGGAAAUUGGAUUUUCUUCAGGUGACUACAACGGACCAACGCAAACAGGAUUUCAUUACAUGCAAACUAAUCAAAUAAAUGGUGAAAGGAUGAGCAGCAAUCGAGCCUACUUACAUCCAGCUAAAAAUAGAAAAAACUUGAUAGUCAGCAUAAACAGUCACGUGAACAAAGUCUUGAUUGACCCUCAGACGAAAACAGCCUAUGGUGUGGAAUUCACUAAACAUGGAAGAAAGAUCAAAGUUACAGCGAAGAAAGAAGUUAUUCUGUCAGCUGGUGCCAUAGCUUCUCCAAAGUUACUUAUGCUUUCUGGGAUUGGGCCUAAGGAACACUUGGAAACAUUUGGUAUUAAUGUCUUGCAAGACUUACCAGUAGGUAAGAAUCUCAUGGAUCAUGUGGGUAAUACUGCACUAUUUUGCACCAUUAAUGAAACUGUUGGAAUUGUUACGACUGAGUUUUUAAAACCAAAAAAUCCAGCGAUAUCAGAUUAUUUCAAUAAAAGAAUGGGCCCAUUCACGACCUUAAGUGGAGCAGAAAGUAUAGCACUUGUUAAUGUAGAAAAUUUAAAGGAUGAAACUGACAGUCCUAACGUGGAGAUAGUAUUUGCCUCUACUAGUUUUGUAUCUGAUCCAUUGCUUCACACCAUUUUUGGAGUACAUAAUAAAUAUUGGACUGAUUACUUCGCUGAUAAGUUCGGCCGUCAUUCUUGGUUGAUAUGGCCAAUACUGCUUAAGCCAAAGAGUCGUGGCAAAAUAUUGUUGCGAAGUACAAAUCCAAAAGAUAAGCCAAGAAUCAUACCUAAUUACUUCUCUGAUCCAGAUGAUGUUCGCAUUUCGAUAAAAGGGAUACGAUUAGCAAUCGAAUUAAGCAAGACUAGAGCCAUGCAACGAUAUGGUUCACAACUAAAUGAUCGAGUAGUUCCUGGUUGCGAGAAAUACGAACCUAAUUCGGAUGCUUACUGGGAAUGCGCUUUGAGGACAUAUACACUGACUUUCUGGCAUCACUCGGGCACUUGUAAAAUGGGACAUGAGAAUGAUACAUCUUCUGUUGUUAACACAAAAUUACAAGUGAAAGGUAUAAAAAAUCUAAGAGUUGCGGAUAACUCUAUAAUGCCCAAUAUCGUCAGAGCUCAUACCAAUAUUCCAGCAAUAGCAAUUGGUGAAAAGAUUUCGGAUAUCAUAAAACUCAAUUACGGUUACAAAUGA